AAUUCAAUCUCUUCAAACCUCAUCAUCUUCAAUCACAUCAAUGGCGUCUUCCUUGUCACUCACGAGCUUCAUCUCCUCCAUCUCUCCAUUCAAAUCUCAAACCAAACCUAGUCCUCCUCCUCCGAGCCUCACUCUCCCUACUACUCAAACAGUCUCCCACAACAGGCGGAAGAACGAUCUCGCCGUCGAGGAGCCUCCUUCCACCACCGCUUCGCUCUCCUCCGAGCUCGCGUCAGUGAUAUGCCCGUCGCUCGCGUACUCGAACACGCUCUUCUUCAGCAGCCCGGGGUACAACGUGCAGGUGUUCGUGGAAGACAACGAGUCCGAGGAGAGGCUGGUGAAUCGGUUUAGGAGGGAGGUGAUGAGAACUGGAGUGAUCCAGGAAUGUAAGCGAAGGAGAUACUUCGAGAACAAGCAGGACGAGAAGAAGAGGAGGACUCGUGAUGCUGCGAAGCGUAACAAGAAAAGGCGUCCUCAAGCGAGGUUUAGUCAAGAGACUAGAGAAGAAGCAGCAGCAGCAACCAAGAGUAAGAAGAAGGAUGCAGAAGAAGACAACUGGGAGUGGGCGAUGCCUGAUGGAGAUGUACCUUCUUGAACACGGUUUCAGUACAUAGAUCUCCUUCCUUUUUUUUUGGUUAUAAGUGGGUACAUUGUAAGUUCUAAUGAGCGUAUAACUUGCCUUUGGUGAUGAGUUAUUGUCAAUGUUAAGACAUCUAUAUUUGUCUUCCAAUGUU